AUGGCUGUUGCUGUGGUCAACGACAACGGCGAAGGUCACGGUGGGGUCAACCAGCUCGGGGGUGUCUUCGUGAACGGACGUCCCCUGCCCGACCUGGUGAGGCAGCGUAUCGUCGAGUUGGCUCACAACGGCAUCCGACCGUGUGACAUCUCGCGACAGCUACGCGUCAGCCACGGGUGCGUGUCGAAAAUCUUGUCCAGAUAUUACGAAACGGGCAGCUUUAAGGCCGGCGUCAUCGGUGGUUCCAAGCCGAAGGUGGCCACCCCUCCGGUGGUCGAUGCAAUAGCUGCCUACAAACUGCAGAAUCCGACUAUGUUCGCCUGGGAGAUCCGCGACAAGUUGCUGGCCGAUGGAAUAUGUGUGCACGAUAAUGUUCCCAGCGUGUCGUCAAUCAACAGAAUCGUCCGCAACAAAGCUGCGGAAAAGGCUAAAUACAGCUCUCGAAUGGACUCCGGCAUGGACGGUAGCCCACGGGGAAUGUCCCGCGGUCAGGGACAGCAACAGCAGCAGCAGCAGCCACAAUCGUCGGGACCAUCCGCACAACCCCCGUCGGGCGCCGUCCAAGAAUGCAUGACUCAAUCGUUGUCCGCCGAACCGGAAAAUAUGAUGAAAAGUUCGCAGCAACCAUCGGACAACGUUGCAUCGGCUUCCUACAGUAUCAACGGCCUGCUAGGAUUAUCACAGAAAACGCUUUCGGCGAGCAGUUCGAAACGACGCAAAAUCAAAGAAGAUCCCGAUAUGAAAUCCAGCAUUUUGGGAUGCAUCAAGCGCGACAAGGUACUGAACCCACACGGCUGGAAUCAAUCAGACCACAAAGACUUACCGGAGAUGAUGCACGAAAGCCUGAAAGCACACGAGCAGGACAAAGGCAACGAGAUGUACAUCGGUGGAGUAGAUUUCGCAAGCUCGAUGGCAAUGUCCAGCGAGGAUAAUUCGGACAAUCAGACCAGCUUCACCAUUCGGGGUGAAAAACCGCUCAAAUAUCACCGACCGGAGGAUGCCCUGUCCGUCGGGGUGAUCAUCGAAGAUGACACCUCCGGUCGUAAGCAUCAAACGCAGCAACAGCAGCAGCACCAUCACCAUUCGCAGCACCCUUCGGAGCUGGGGAAACCACCGAGCGGCUACGAGAAGAUCAUCACCAGCGAAAUGUUAGCUUCCUCGGCGGCUGCAGCUGCAGCGGCCGCCGCCGCUGUCGGCGUAAAGCGAGCGGAGGCCUCUCCGCUAGCUCAGUCCAUUGAAUUCCUGAGCGACAUGAAUAACAAUCAGAGCUUUUCGACGGCUAGCUAUGAAACGGGAAGCUACAGCGGUGGAGGUGGCAACGCUGGUGGAGGCGCCGGUGAACCAUCGGAAACCGCUAUCCUCAAUCCGCACAUUGCCUGCUCUUCCAACUAUUCGGCAUUCCUGCAGAACACUGACCAAUUCGCAACGAAUCCGGAGCUGAUCUUCCCGACGGCAUACACUCAAUACGCACCUGGCUACGGAUCGUUCAACUACAACACGGCAUUCACCAAUCAGAAUCUCUGCCGGGACCUGGGGCAGAUACACUACCCGGAGGAACAAUAGCCCCAGCCGGCACAUCGGUGUACUACUACUACUACUACUACUACCGAGCAACAGCGCCGCUGCUGGUGGAA